AGCUGAGCUGCUACUCAGAAGGCUCCAUGGCUGCUGCCGAUCCAGCACAGGCUUUUGAGGAUGAAGCUUCUUGCUCUGUCUGCCUGAAAUAUUUUGAGGAUCCAGUUACUCUGGACUGUGGGGACAAUUUCUGCAGAGCCUGCAUCACCCAGUGCUGGGAGGGGUUUGAUGCAGACGUUUCCUGCCCUCAAUGCAGAGAGAGCUUUCCCCAGAAGACUUUCAGACCGAACAGACAGCUGGGAAAUCUCCUGGAGUUGCUCCAGAACUUCAGGGGAGAGAGAGAGCCGGAGCAGGGAGCAGACAAGGUUUGCCAAAAGCACCAGGAGCCUCUGAAGCUCUUCUGUGAAGAUGACCAAACCCUCAUGUGUCUGUUUUGUGUUGGAUCUGCACAUGAGGAUCACUCUGUGGUGCCUAUGGAGGAGGCUGCCCAGGAAUACAAGGAGCAAAUCUGGAGGCACCUGGAUGUUUUGGAGGAGGAAAAAGAAGAGAUUCUAGCUCUUAUAGCCCAAGAGGAUGAGCAAAGCCAGGAACCGCUGAAGCAAACAGAGAUUGAGAAAGAGAAGAUGCAAUUUCAAUUUGAGCGACUGCACCGGUUCUUGGAAAAACAAGAGCGUCUCUUUCUGGCUUGGUUGGAAGAGCUGGAGAGAGACAUAGAGACCAGGAAGGAUGAAAGUAUCACACAGCUCUCAGAGAAGCUUUCCUGUCUUGAUGCUCUGCUCAGGGAACUGGAGGAGAAAUGUGAGGAGCCAGCAAUGGGAUUUCUGGAGGAUGCCAGAAGCACCUUGAACAGAUGUGAGACAGAGAGAGCCUGGCCCUCAGCACUUGCUCGUCCUGAAACAAACUGGAGGAUUUGGUUAUUUUCUCAAGAUAUUACUUUUCUACAGGAGGCUCUGGAGAAACUGCAAGUGUGCUUAUUGCCUGACCCAAAGGUGGACAGAGUGAGCGUGACUCUGGAUCCCGACACAGCGUUUUCUUGGCUCCGUCUGUCUCCAGAUCGAACACGUGUAAACUGGGGAGUCACACAGCAGGAGGUGCCUGACAGCCCUGAGAGAUUUGAUGCUGCGCCUUGCGUGCUUGGCUGCGAAGGCUUCACUUCGGGGAGACAUUAUUGGGAGGUGGAAGUUGGGGAAGAGGCAGUCUGGGUUCUGGGAGUAGCAAAGGAAUCUGUGAAGAAAAAAGGGGGGAACAGGAUUGCAGCCAAGCAGGGCAUCUGGGCUGUGCGGAAAUACUGGGAGAAAUACCAGGCUCUCACUUCUCCUGAAACCACUCUGCACGCGCAUGGGAUUCCCACAAGGAUUCGGAUUUAUUUGGACUAUGAAAGGGGAUUGGUGGCGUUUUAUGAUGCUGGUAACAAAGCCCCGAUCUUCACUUUUCCACCAGGAUCUUUCACCGGGGAGACAAUCCGACCUUUCUUUGAACUCUUGAGUACAAACUCCCAAGUAAUAUUGUCACCCCAAGGGACAGGAUAAGCCAUCUUCCCGAUUGGUGGUCAGCCUUAGCCCUUUAGACUCUCACUCUUCAGGGGGAGGAGGAGGAGGUGGAAGAAAGAGCUUCACAGCUCCCGAUUUUCUCCAGCCUGUUUGUCUCUUUUGACUCUUCCCUUUGUUCCAGUUGCUCAACUAUAUUAAAAGAAGCUAAAACUGCAUGCAUGGCAUUUUUAUUAAUAAUAGAUGGGCACCCUCUAUGAUUAAUACACGGCACCCUCUGACUUCUGCUGGUGCUUCAGCUAGGCAGCACGUCUACAGAAUUAGGUACUAGCUAAUUCUGCAGAACAUGUGCUUUCAUGUGUAGCUUUUUGGUACAAAGGGCUGGGCUUAAAUAUUUCUGCUUCUUAGCUCUUCUAUGUCUGCUUCUCUCUCUGAGGCCUGGAGAAAGGUACCGUGAUACCCAAAUGCCUGUCUUUGUCUAUCCCAACCAUGCAUUAGGCCCAGUUCUUACCCACACGAAUUCUUUUCUUUCUGGAAACUUAAAACAGCUCCAGUUCAAAACUAGCCUUUUCCUUUGCGUAUCAAGACCCGAGAAACUAAAAACAGGUACUUAAAGUCACUUGAAAUAACAACAGAACCUCUUCUUGGGAGGCUGAGAUUCAAUGUUCUUUUUUGGUGCAAUUUCUCUAAUGAUUUGGUUAAAACAGCAACUUGUCUGCACGCAUUCGGACGGCCUUUCUGGGGGUGCAAGGAUGGCUGCACGGAUAGCGCAAAAUCUGCCAUUUUCAGGUCAAACGAAGUUACGACGAGCCAUUUCCUUGGCACAUAAACAAACUCCAAAUAAUAACUCUAAGCAUGGGUUACUCUUCAGAUAUUGAUCGCAAUCAGUGAUCACUGACCAGGCACCAGAAAAGUGCCUCCAAAAGCUGCAUCUCCACAUAA